AUGGGCCAAAUUCGGAAAGAAGAGCAGGCGCAGAGAGAGCGAGACCGAGAGAAGAUAUUCGAAAUUCUUCCGAGUAAAAAUAAGUCAGGCCUUGCGCGCUGCCGCGGCUGUCAACGCACCUGGGCUAAGAAUCACACCCGCUUCCACCAGCACAUUGAAAGUUGUCCUGCAGCGCUACAAUUGCUUCAAAGAACAAGGCAAAAGACCCUAAUGGAGCUACCAAAUGGGAUAAAAGUUGAUACAUUAGAAACGCGGAUUGACUGCGCUCUUGCUCGUGCAACUUUUACUGGAAACCGACCAUUUUCCAUGUGGUCGCAGCCUUUUAUGCGUGAAGCCUUACAACUCUUGAGAAAAGGCUAUAUCCCACCAGAUCGGCACCGAAUUGGAGGCAGUCUUUUGACUGAGCUUUAUACCGAAUCUUAUACAAAAACGAUAGGCAUUUGGCGCCAGAUUCAGCAUCUCAAUAUCACGGUUGAUGAGACCUCAAAUAUCAAUCAUCAACGUGUUAUGGUGAUUACAAUUACUACACCGCAAAGAUCCUGGCUCUAUUGCCUCAAAGAUAUGGAAAAUGAACGUCUGAAUGCGAAGAAUAUUACUGAGUGGCUUUUACACCAACUUGAAGCACUUUUAGCGACACUUUUUGAUGGAGAUAUUGAUUGGAAAUAUAUGAAAGUCUCGCAAGCGAUGACCGUGAAGCAUAUCUUCAAAGAAGCCAACGAUAUCGUGACGUUUUUCCACCGAAGCCCAUUAAGAUACGCCGAUUUACAAGCGAUUGAGAAAGCUAGGAAUGGCAGAAAGAAGGCGCUUAUUGCCUCUGUUAUAACACGUUGGGGAUCUCAAUAUAACCUCAUUAACUCGGUUAAUGAGCUAAAGGAAUCGCUUAUUCAGUGGGCUCAAAGCGUUAACUCCGAGGCUUUGAAUGCGACUAUCUUCAACGUCAUACCACGCUGGUUGAAGCUUGAGAAUGAGAUGAGGACUGCAGCUUUAUAUACACAACUUCAUGAGGAUAUAAAGGCAUAUUUUAAUGAAGGAGGCUUUACAGCGCGUGCAAAUCUACAAAUAUUAUCUAUCCACUGGGUCGCAUAUUGGCUCGAUCCGAAGAGAAUUCGUCAACCGCUUGAGAGCUCGACAAAAGAGAAAAUUCGUGCAAUUUUAGAGCCUCAAGAAGUAUGGCAUGAUUUCUUACAUUUCCGGCAACAAGAUGGCGCCUUUUAUAAGGCACGGUGCUGGGAAGAAAGCGAGAUUACAAUAUUCUGGCUUGAAGCAGCUGAUAUCGCUCCAAAGCUCGCUUCCUUCGCAAAUCGUCUUAUUCAUACAGUUGCUAACUCAGUAACUGCCGAACGUGCCUUUUCCUUGAUGAAUUUACAGCACACCAAGAUACGGAAUCGACUCAGCGUUGAGCAGGUUGAAAAGCUUCUUUUUUUACAAAUCAAUGAAUAUCAACUGCAAGAGAAGCUCAAUGAAGAGCCUACGCCAGAGCAACAGUUAGAGGACGAGGAGGCCGAAUCAGCAAGAGUCUAUAGAGAGCAGAGCCUUGAAUUCUCUUCAAUUCUGAAUAACCUCAAUUCCAUGGAUCAGAAACCUGCAACAGAUCUUAUAGAGGCAUCGCCGGAGCCUGAUUUGGAGCUGGAGGCCCCGAGAGCGUACAAGCGCUUGCGAAUUGGGUAA